AAGCGAGGUUUGGUUCAUCGACGUGAGAAUCGUGAUGGGAGGACACGGCCACGGUGAAAGCACCACCUACAAAGGUGUUACCAUUCAUCACCCUAAGCGCUGGCACACUGUCACCGGCAAGGGUUUGUGCGCUGUCAUGUGGUUUUGGGUGCUCUACAGGGCAAAGCAAGAUGGUCCUGUUGUAUUGGGCUGGAGGCACCCUUGGGAGGGUCAUCAUGAUGAUCAUGGCAAGGGGCAUUAAUUAGCAUUCCUCAGGCAUGAACUCCAAAAACAGGAAGAAGAGUCUGUUGCUAUGGGUGUGCUGUUCAAAUUUUACCUUGUUUAAUUCAAUAAAUUGGUUGUAAAAGAAGAUAUUUCUUUUUUUCAUGAUGUCAUGAACAUAAACUAUGUUUCAGCACCUUACCUUUUAACUGGGAUGAAAGUCAUAGCUAUGGUUGGUUCGAUAAUUAUCCAUGUCAUUUUUACUCAAACUUAUGGGAGUAGAUUCAAUAUGUAUCUCAACUAUGAUAGAUGCGUGUCCACUAGUUGACAACCCAAAGUUAAUAUUUUAUGGUGCGUUUUGUUUA